AUGAGGGUGCCCUCUCUCCUCUCGUGCAUACUCGUCUACAUCGCUUCCGCUGCUUCUCUAUCUUAUGCUCACGACUAUGCCCGUCGCGAUGCAUUCUCGUCGCUGAACGGCAUGAAGAUGGUGCCCAAGCCAGCCGCGGGCUCUCCAUCUGACGGCUCGAUCAAAGGUCUCAUGAACAGAGGUGAUAUAGAGUACAUUGUGAACAUCACUCUUGGAGGCUCUGUGUUCGCAAUGCAAGUUGAUACAGGCUCGGCGGAUCUCGUUCUUUACCCGGACCAGCCUAUCAAGACUACAUCUGUGGUCAAGGGCUCUAAUGUCAGCCAGGUCUAUGGGGCAGGAUCCUUUGCAGGAUCUAUCGCAUUCGCCGAACUCAAGAUCGGCGGGCAUACCAUCGAUUCUCAAGUCUUUCUCAACGCCACAUCGGUCGACGAGUUCAUAACGACAGCGUAUCUAGCGGAAGGGCUCCGUGGGAUUCUGGGGCUUGACGCGGGCAUUGACAAUACCAAUCUCCAGGACGACCUCUACCAAAAGUACGGGAACAAAGGGCUGGUGAUGGGGCGCAAUUUCCUCCAGAACAUCUUCGCCGACAGCCCAGACCUGGGAAACUUCACCGUUGUAGCUCUGGGACGCAGCGACGACGGCGAGAGCGCUGGGGAGGGGUAUCUCGCGAUAGGGGAGUAUCCGGAACAGCUCAAGGACUCCUUUGCGAAGGCCGACUACGUGGACGUCGUUGAGGAGACUGGACUCUUCACCGUAUACGUGGAUGCUGUCAAGAUCAACGGGAAGGGACUCCCGCUGAACUCUUCGGUGCGCAGCGCCCCGCACGGGAAAGCAGUCGCUACCCUCGACACUGGAGCAACCGCGGCUCAGGUUACUCAGGAUAUAUUCGACGCUAUCUACCAGAGUAUACCUGGAGCGUUCUACAGAGCUGAUGUAGGAUAUUACGUCGUUCCUUGCCUCCCUCCAGACGCCCCGAACAUCACAAUCACUAUUGGUGGCGUGGAUGUCUAUAUCAACCCUCUUGAUCUCACGACGUUCAAAGACCUUCGUCCCGACUACAACUACUCAUUCUGCCAAUCGGCCUUCACCGUCUUCGACUUGGGACCUGGCUUCGCGGGCCGGGAUUUCCUUCUAGGAGACAGCUUCUUGCGAAACGUGUACACGUCUUUCUACUACGGCGCGCUCAACGCUUCGUACGGCUGGGUCAAGUCUCCGGCAGUCAAACUGGUGCCGGAGACUGGUACCCACGACGUCCACACCACGUACUCCGACUUCCUGAACGUUCGCCGUCAAAAGCUAGCGUCGUCUCCUCCGGAAGCCACUCGCGCGCAGAUCGAGAAGAUCAUAUCCGAAAUGCUGAACAGUGAUAACACGACGUCCGGCGCUGUCGAGGACGUAGCUUCGGGAGCCAGCACCGACUCGAACGCGAGCUCGUAUCAGUCGCUUCUUGACAAGCUCGACACGUUUGCUCCCAUCGUAUUCGGACUGCUUGGCGCGAUUGUCGUCGUUCUUUUCGGUCUGCUAGGAGUAGGCAUCACGUUGUGCAUCCGCCGCGGUCGCACUGUGGGUGGGGUACGCGCAGCAAGUGCUCUUUACGCGCCUGUGCCAGCACCAACGCGCUUCAAGGAGCCCGUACCGGAAUAUAGAGACGAGGAGAAUGCACGGUACGACCAGUGA